UUUUAGUGUAGUCGCUGAUUACAAACAAAAAGCGAAAAGUGACUUUUCUAGCAAUAAACAAAAAAAAUAAAUUGUAAUGCACUAAACAAACUGUUAUCGGUUGAAAAUUUGUUUGCUUUGUAUUUUAUAUUUUAAUUCGCUCAAUUAAUCGAACAAAUUGAAUGUGCAAUGAAAAUAAGCGCGCUAUUUCACUUUCCCGACGUUUGUCGUUUGUGCAUGCAGCAGAAACCGGCACCGGAAAUGGUUCCACUUGCCAGCAUACUGCCAGAGUUUGACAUGCAGCUUUUGGAAUUGAUGGAUGAGUUUUGUGGGUCGCCCUCCCAGCAGGAUUUCUCUGAUUUGUUACCGUCCGCCGUUUGUGAGCAGUGCCAGCAACAUUUUCUAGCGGCUUUUAAAUUUAAACGGAAAAUGAUGUUCCUUCGAGAUUUUCAAAUGGCUUUUCUACUGAUGAACCAUAAUGGUGAUUCUCAACCACUGCGUCAACUAUUUGACGACCGUUACGAAACCAUGAGUUCGCAGUUCCAGGAGAUUGAUCUAAUAGACCGUGAUCACAAACUUCGUUGGGAAGAUUUGACGGUGAGUAUGGAGAGACACGAAGGAUCAAUUAAACAGAAAGAUGGAGCUGCUGAGGAUGAUCUCGAAAUGGCCCUACGCGAAAAUGAAAUGAAUGAAGACAAUGAUCAGAUCUUCACCGUUGAAUUGCUGGAAAACAGUGGUGAUGAUGGGUUCUCCUGCCAUUCGGAUUUUUCCGACGAGAACGUUGAAAUUGAAUAUUUAGAUGUUGAGCACGGCUCAAAUGAUGGCGGGAUGGAAGUUGAGCAAUCAGCCAAUUGCGAUGAAGAGAAAUUAAUUUUUGCAGAAGCAGAUAAUGCAAACUGUGCGAUUCCGGCGCUGGAACGUUCGGAACACGAAGCGGAAGUUGAAUGGAACUGUGAUUUUGAAAAUUGUAAAGAGCGGUUUUCGUGUGAAGAUGAGUUGAUUCAACACAAGGAAAAAAUUCACCGAUGUUGGGUUUGUAGCAUUUGCGGAGUUGUGCUGAAAAAUAAAUAUUCGCUGAAUGUUCACAUUCGGAGACACAAAGGUCUAACAAAAUACCCUUGCGAGUAUUGCUCGUCGUCGUUCUACACCUCACAGGAAUACAAACUACAUCUCGGUUUGGUACAUGUUGCGAGCGAAAUGGCAAAAUGUGGCAUUUGUGGAUUAGAAUUCAAAAAUGUAACAUGCUUGAAACGUCAUUUGAAAUCUCACUCGGAAGUGAGAAAUUAUCAGUGCCCUUAUUGUGAGAAGGCUUUCAAAACCAACAUGCAUCUGCACAGGCACAAGGAAACAAUUCAUCUAAAUGUGCGCUUCAAAUGUGGUCAUUGCGAUGUGUCAUAUGGCCGCAAAGAUAAGCUUCGGAUGCACAUAGAACGAGUUCAUAAUAUACAAAUGUACUUUUUGUGCAACAUCUGUCUGAAAUCAUUCACCACCGAGGAUCAGCGACAGGAACACAUGGCCCUGCAUAGCCAGCCCAAACCACUGGAAUGUGGCAUCUGUUUGGCGGCUUUCUUAACUCGGGAGGAGUUCAACAAACACGUCUGCAUAUCAUACCGUGAGGAUUACGUUUGUUGCGCGCGGGAUUUCAAAUUCCACACAUUCUACAACAAGCACAUGUUCCUGGUGCACGGUGUGAAAGCGAAUGCUCGUGUCAAACCGAAGGACGACAAGUUGAUCGCAAAUGUUCGCGCGGAAAGGAAACAAGAAGAACGAUGCGCCAAAUGCGAGAAAACAUUUCCAACACGAACCCAAAAGAAUGCCCACAAGCCUUUGUGUCGGGGGAAGCAGCAAAAUCCAGAGCAACCUCCCGUAGAAGAUUUUGUUGUGGAAUAUAUCGUACCGAAUGAUUAAAUAUAAAUUUUAUAAACGAA